AUGCUUAGAACUUCUCCAGCUACUAAGAAAGCUCUCAAGUCGCAGAUUAACGCCUUCAACGUUGCUGCCUUGAGAUUCUACUCCUCAUUGCCUUUGCAGGUUCCAAUUACCUUGCCAAACGGUAAGACCUACAAUCAGCCAACAGGUUUGUUUAUCAACAAUGAGUUCGUUCCUUCUAAGCAAGGUAAGACCUUUGCUGUUUUAAACCCUUCCACUGAGGAGGAGAUUACUCACGUCUACGAGUCCAGAGAGGACGACGUUGAGUUAGCCGUUGCAGCCGCUCAAAAGGCUUUCGACUCAACCUGGUCCACCCAGGACCCUGCUGAGAGAGGUAAGGUCUUGAACAAGUUGGCUGACCUGAUCGAGGAGCACUCUGAGACCCUUGCCGCCAUCGAGUCCUUGGACAACGGUAAGGCCAUUUCCUCCGCUAGAGGUGAUGUUGGUCUGGUUGUCGCCUACUUGAAGUCCUGUGCCGGUUGGGCCGACAAGGUUUUCGGUAGAGUUGUUGAAACCGGAAGCUCCCACUUCAACUACGUUAGAAGAGAGCCAUUGGGUGUUUGUGGUCAGAUUAUCCCAUGGAACUUUCCUCUUCUGAUGUGGUCCUGGAAAGUUGGUCCAGCUUUGGCCACUGGUAACACUGUUGUCCUGAAGACAGCCGAGUCUACUCCUCUGUCCGCCCUGUACGUUUCCCAAUUGGUCAAGGAGGCCGGUAUCCCAGCUGGUGUCCACAACAUUGUGUCCGGUUUCGGUAAGAUUACUGGUGAAGCUAUUGCUACUCAUCCUAAGAUCAAGAAGGUUGCCUUCACUGGUUCUACCGCCACUGGUCGUCACAUCAUGAAGGCUGCUGCCGAAUCCAACUUGAAGAAGGUUACUUUGGAGUUGGGUGGUAAAUCUCCUAACAUCGUGUUCAACGAUGCUAACAUUAAGCAAGCUGUCGCCAACAUCAUCCUCGGUAUUUACUACAACUCUGGAGAAGUUUGUUGUGCUGGUUCCAGAGUUUAUGUUCAAUCCGGUAUUUACGACGAGCUUUUGGCCGAAUUCAAGACUGCUGCUGAGAAUGUCAAGGUUGGUAACCCAUUCGACGAGGACACCUUCCAAGGUGCUCAAACCUCUCAGCAACAAUUGGAGAAGAUUUUGGGUUUCGUUGAGCGUGGUAAGAAGGACGGUGCUACUUUGAUUACUGGUGGUGGCAGAUUAGGUGACAAGGGUUACUUCGUCCAGCCAACUAUCUUCGGUGAUGUUACACCAGAGAUGGAGAUUGUCAAGGAAGAGAUCUUUGGUCCUGUUGUCACUAUCAGCAAGUUUGACACCAUUGAUGAGGUUGUCGACCUUGCUAACGACUCUCAAUACGGUCUUGCUGCUGGUAUCCACUCUGACGAUAUCAACAAGGUCAUUGACGUUGCUGCUAGAAUCAAGUCCGGUACCGUGUGGGUCAACACCUACAACGAUUUCCACCAAAUGGUUCCAUUCGGUGGAUUUGGCCAAUCCGGUAUUGGUCGUGAGAUGGGUGUUGAAGCUUUGGAAAACUACACCCAAUACAAGGCUAUCCGUGUCAAGAUCAACCACAAGAACGAGUAA